GAUGGUGUUUUUCAAUGAUAUUGAUGUUACUAUUUAAUGUUUGCAGUUUCACUGGUAUAUAUCUAUCUUACUUCCUUUUGAUCUUGUUCGUAAGAUUGUUAUGACCCGUUGGAUCCAAACGGUAACAUUACAGUAACAUUCGACAUAAUUCAAUGGACACACGAUGGCUAUGUGGCAAGGGUAAGUAUCCAAAAUUACUAUCAAUAUCGUCAUGUAGACAACCCUGGUUGGAAAUUAGGGUUCACAUGGGUCAACAACGAGAUCAUCUGGUCAAUAUCCGGUGCUAUUGCAACACAUAGAGGCAACUGCUCUGUUAUUAAAGAAGAAGAAGUACCACAUUGCUGCAUGUCUACACCGGAGAUAGUUGAUCUGAUGUCCGGUACUCAGCCACCAAACUCGCCGGAAAACUGUUGUCGUGGUGGUGUUCUUGCCGCCUCGGCUAUUAACCCACAACAAUCAUCUUCUUCAUUUGACAUGGUUGUUGGUAACUUACAAGGAAAUUCUUCAUUACAGAUGCCUCGGAUGCCUGUAAAUCUUACUUUACAGGCACCUGGACCAGGGUACACUUGUAGCCCUACCGAAGAAACUCCUCCAUCUGUUGCUCUCGUAGUUGGUGGAAGAAGAGAAGAAGAAGUUUUUAAAACAUGGAAAUCAACAUGCACAUAUUCUAGUUAUCUGGCUAACAAAACGCCAGUAUGUUGCGUUUCACUCUCAACAUUUUAUAGUCCGCAAAUCACGACAUGCCCUCAAUGUAGUUGCGGGUGCAGACCAGCAGACAAGGCAACAUCAUCAUGCAUUAGUGGUUCUAGUAAUUCACUUGAGACAGAAUUCGUUGGUAAUUCAGACACGUUGAGGUGUACGGAUCAUAUGUGUCCUCUACGUGUCCACUGGCAUAUAAAAACCAACUAUAUGGAUCAUUGGAGGGUGAAACUUACAGUUACAAAUCUAAAUUAUAACAGAAAUUAUACUAAUUGGAACCUCGUUGUUCAUCAUCCUGGUUUCUCUCAAUCUACAACAACGUAUAGUUUUAACAAUACUUUACUCCAUACGCCUGGGAUCCCAGAUGAUGUAGCCUUGUUUUGGGGUCUAGACUACUACAACACGAAUCUUUUAAAUGCUGACAAGGAUCAGGUGGGGUCCGUCUCCACUGAGAUACUUUUGGCCAAGGACCAUAAAACAUUCACAUUGCACAAUGGUUGGGCAUUGCCAAGAACUGUCUACUUUGCGGGUGAAAAUUGUGUUAUGCCAUCUCCGGACACUUUCCCUAUGCUUCCAAGUGGUACUUCUAUAUGUAGGCCUUUCGGUAUCUUAAUGAUCCUCUUAAUAGUAUACCUUAACUUUAAACUAGUAAAAUUUUAAUACAAUUAUCGAGUUUCUACAAAAAUGUUAUUUUUCUAGCAAAACAUAGUUUUCUUUCCAUUUUUUUCCCCUUCGUUUCUGUUAAAUAGAAGUUAUUUUUGAGAAAAAAGCAAAUACGGUGUUAAAAUGCCGGGUCAAACUUUGCGGAGCAUUUAGGGCUUUUUGUUAUGUAAUUAUUUUAUUUUAUACAUUUCAAAGAACAUGUUUGCCUUGAAGUACAUUGGAUUACUUUAGAGGUUUGUAUUUUGUAAUAACGUUUGCUAAACGUGUAUUAUUGUGUCAUUUUUAAGGCC